AUGAUAAUCAUUUUUACCUUGAUUAUUUUCAAUUUAAUUUCCAAUUGGAACAUUUACUUAUAUACGUGUACAGUGGGAUGGUUUGGUUUAGAGGUGGGAUAUGGGAGCACAGACCCGGAGCCCGGGCGGUGCCGGAGGACGGACGGGAAGAAAUGGCGGUGCUCAAGGGAGGUUGUUGCCGACCAAAAGUACUGUGAGCGCCACAUCAACAGAGGCCGCCAUCGUUCAAGAAAGCCUGUGGAAGGCCAAUCGGCCCCUCUUUCCACCACCACCAAUAACAAUAACAAUAACAAUAAUCAUCAUCCAUCCGGAAUACCCAAUAUCAACCGAGGUAUUGCAGAAAAUAAAGAUGGGCCAUUGUACCAAAAAGGCGAGGCACACAAGUCGAAAGAAGAUGAAUUUGGAUUAGUCUGCUCCGACUCCCUACUCAACCCUCUAAACCAAACCUCGUCAAUCCUCAACUUCAAAACCUUAAAUAAUAAUAACAAGCUGCAAGACGAGACGGGCAAGCACCCGCUCAGGCAGUUCAUAAGCAGCUGGCCCCAAGGGACCCAUGCCAACCUCUCGAUGGGCCUAGGCCUGGGCUUGGUCCCUGCCGUGGGGGGCCCUCUUGGGGAGGCCCUGGGCGAGUGCCAGGGGGUCGUCAAGCCCAUGGACACGUGGGAAGAAGGGUCGUCACCGACAGGGAUCCUCCAGAUGGGCGCAUUCGGGUGCCUUUCCAACAGCAGUGCGGGGAGCAGCCCUCGGGCUGGGCCCUGCUGCGGGAUGUUUGGGCCUGGCCUAGCUGGCUCUUCGUUGCCCACGGUCUAG